AUGGAACUUGAGAAUGAUUGUGCUUGGAAGCCAAAACAGGGAAUGACAUUUGAUUCUAAACAAUGUGCGUAUGAUUUUUAUAAUAUAUAUGGAGGAAGAAUGGGGUUUAACAUAAGAAGGGAUUAUUCUAGGAAGAACAAGUUCACUAACCAACUUAUUUGUAGACUUUUGGUUUGCAACAAGGAGGGAUUUCGAAAGGUUGACAAGCGAGACCCAUUGGCAAAAAACCCUAGAGCUGAAACUAGGACUGGUUGUGAGACUCGACUUUAUAUUAAAUCAGAUGAGAGUACUGGGAAAUUUGUUGUGACUGAUUUCAAAGAAAAACACAACCAUGAUCUUGUAUCACCUGAGUGUGCCCACAUGUUGCCGUCACAAAGAAAGAUAUCGACUACCCAAGCAAUUGAGUUAGAAUUGGCGGCACAAUCUGGUCUUCGUUUAGGGCAGUAUUUUGAACUCAUGAGUAGGGAAGCUGGUGGAAAGCAAUGUCUUGGGUAUACGAAAUUAGAUCAAAAAAUUUAUUUGAGAACCAAAAGACAACAAAGUUUAACAUAUGGGGAAGUAGGCAAUGUGUUGCAAUACUUUAAAGAAAAAUCUUUGCAAAAUCCUUCCAUCUUUUAUGUUUUUCAAUUAGAUAAUGAGGAGCAAAUAAUCAAUAUGCUUUAG